GUUCUCGCGCUCGCCUGGAGUACGUUUCCGGCCGUAGGCGUGGAAUAAGUUUCUGCUCUGGAGUCAGUGAGGACUUCGUCAAGCGAACAUGGCGACAGUGGCCAGUGAUACAUGUGCCACCCCGCAGCCCUCUGUGUGCCACAGAGUGCCGCCACUGCUCACGGACUUGUACCAGUUCACUAUGGCAUAUGCCUACUGGCGAGCUGACAGGCACAAUGAACACGCCGUGUUCGAGCUCUUUUUCCGGGACAAUCCGUUCAGCGGCGGAUUCUCACUUUUUGCAGGACUGAGCGACUGUUUGCUAUUUCUGCGCGACUUCCGGUUCACAGAUGAAGAUGUGGAGUACUUGCGCACUGUCUUACCCUCAAACACACACCCUGAUUUCUUCACCUACCUGAAAGGGUUAGACUCCUCCGCCGUGUCCGUCAGUGCAGUAGCCGAGGGCGCUGUCGUUUUUGCCCGGGUUCCACUCUUGGAGGUGUCUGGCCCACUGGCUGUUGUUCAGCUGCUGGAAACCAGUCUUCUCUGUUUGGUCAACUAUGCCAGUCUGGUUUGCACAAAUGCUGCACGCUUUCGUCUAGCUGCAGGACCCAAGCUGCGACUUAUGGAGAUGGGUCUGAGGAGAGCUCAGGGUCCUGAUGGAGGCCUGACUGCUUCUCGCUACACAUAUAUUGGAGGUUUUGAUUUAACAAGUAAUGCUCUGGCUGGACGUCUCUUUGGAAUACCAGUGGCAGGCACCAUCGCACAUUCGUAUGUCACAUCAUUCUCCUCUCUUGAGGAGGUGUGUCCAAAGACACUGGUGCCUUUGAGAGGUGGUGAUCCUAUUGAGCUUGUCCCACUGGUAAAGGACUGGUUAGGACGUGUAUGUCAGUUACUGGGAGCUAAUCUACAGCAGGUGCGUGAGGGAGAGCUUGCUGCUUUCCUCUCCUAUGCCAUUGCUUAUCCUUGCAACUUCCUCCCUGUGAUAGACAGCUACAGUGUCAGAAGUAGCGGCUUGCCCUGUUUCUGCGCUGUUGCCCUGGCGCUCUGUGAGCUGCAGUAUCAGCCACUGGGUGUAAGACUGGAUAGUGGAGAUCUCUGUAGUCAAUCUCUGGAAGUGUGUAAUGUUUUCAGACAGUGCAGCAAGCACUUCUCAGUUCCAGCAUUUGAGUCGCUCAUCAUUGUUGGUACGAACAGUGUAUCUGAAAAAAGUCUCUCCGAGCUCAAGAAGAGAGAUAAUGAGAUUGAUGUAGUGGGAGUCGGAACUCACCUUGUUACGUGCACAAGUCAACCUUCACUGGGUUGUGUAUAUAAGCUGGUAGAGGUUGGAGGUCAGCCUAGGAUGAAGCUGAGUGAGGACCCGGAGAAAAGCACACUGCCAGGCAAAAAGGCUAUCUACAGACUUCUGGACGCUGAUGGUCAUCCUCAAAUGGAUCUCAUAUGCCUAUCAGAAGAGCCUGCCCCAAAGAUGGGACAGCCCUUGAAUUGUCACCCUUUAGGACUGGUUAAUGCUGUCCAGUCAAUCACACCUGCCCAUGUGACAAGCCUACGAUUAGAGGUCUUCUCCCAUGGAAAGAUCAUGUGUCCCCUGAGCAGUGCAUACGCGAGUCGAAUACAUGCACAGACCUCCAUUCAGGCCUUGUAUGCCCAUCACAAAAAACUGGAGGGACCAGAGUCUUACACAGUGGCUGUGUCAGAGAGAAUCCAUUCUCUUGUAUCUGACAUUAGAAGAGGAAACAGCUAAAGCAGUGAUUUCCUGUUAUCAACCUGAGCCACCAAGCAGAGACUGUUUUGUAUUACAUAUUUUACUCUACUAAGAGUCUGUGCAUAUGAAUGUUUUAUGAAUAUGGUGAAUGACCUUAUAUUCUACUAAGUAUAGUAUUAUGCUAGUAAGAAAAAAUCUGACCUCUGUUUUUGGCAUUUGACUAAAUUAGACUAGACUUUAGAACAGUAUUCUUUAAAAUGUUCUGGUGAAUAUUAUCACACAAGCAUUCUUACUGUUGAUGAUUUAUGAAAGUGUUGGUGUUAUCAUGUUUUAUGUUAGCCGUGGUGUGAUGGACACAGUGACUUAGUGGUUAGCCAGUUUACCUCACAUCUUAAGGUUUUGAGGGGUUUGAUUCCUGCCCUGCCUGUGUGGAGUUUGCAUGUUGUCCCUGUGUUUCCGGAGUUUCGGUACUGUGGUUUCCUCUGAUGAUAUGCAUUGCUGGCUGAUUGGAAUCUUUAAUAAUUCAUAGUGGACUGGCACCCUGUCCAGGAUGUCCCCUGGGAUAGGCUCAGAAAAUGGAUGGAUGUCUGGAAGUCUGUAUACAUUCAGUCUUUAGCAUAUAUGAUUAGAUUACAUUAAUCUGAAACAGUUUACAUAAUUGUUAUAAGCCAAAAAACAUUUUCUUUACACAGCCACCUAAGUUUUAGUAUCUGCACAUGUACAUUUUUGUGUACAAGUUCACAAAUAUCUGGCUGUGAACACAAUCAUCUAAAUGUGAAUUUACUUGAAUACUUGAAUCUUUACAGCCGUCCAGGCAUUACUGAACACACUACUGGCCUGCAGUCUGACUGAUCAAAAUUCCUUCCAGCUGCUUAGUUAAACUGAUAUUACCAACAGCGCCGCCUGCUGGUCUUGCUAGUAUACAAAAAUACUGCUAACCGUCGGUACAUUACUACAUUCCUACCCAGACUCUAACUAUUUCAUCUUUUUGAAUUAAAAGGUAUCAGUAUCUACAAGAGUUUCCUUUGUUUUUCUUA